AUGGAAGGCUGGACCGCGCAACUCAAGCGCAGCACCUUUAAGGAAUUACCGGAGAUUCUUGGGGGCAUUGCCAGCAAUAAAGCCAAGCGUCUUAUUAUCAGUGAGCUGAUGGAGCUGGACGGAGAGAACUUGUUCACAGCGACCCCGGAUGUUCGCACAAACAAAAGCGAAACAAUAAGGGAGAUAAGGGAACAGUUGGCACUGUUCAGGCCAAACCUUUCUCCCGAAAUCAUCAGGAGGAUUAUUGAUGAUGUGAACGCCAAAGAACGGGCACAGGGCGAAUUGCAAGUACGUCUACUAGUGGAGCAACGAACUGCAGCGGUUUCACCAAAGAGUUCCAGCUUCAACUCAGAACCGCGGAAAGUACCGUUUAGCGCAUUUACAACAUUUGACGAAGCCACAGGCGAGAUUGACGGCUACCUAGCCGAUUUCGAGAAACAAUGUGCCCUUCACAAAGUAGCGGAGGAGGAAUGGGUCCCUAUUUUAGCGGGAAAAUUGUCUGACAAGGCAGCGGAUGUCUUCAGAGCCAUUCCAGACCAUGAAGUGCACAGCUAUGAGUGGGUGAAAGAAGCCCUCUUAGCCAGUUACGCAAUAACCCCUGAAGCGUACUGGCAAAAGUUUAGAGACUCCAGAAAAACAGAUAAUGACUCUUACACGGAGUGGGCUUGCUGAACGGCCACCCACUGGAUUAAUGGCUGUCAGGCUACCACGUUGGAAGACUUGUUGCAGUUGAUGUUACUGGAGCAGUUUUUCAACCUGCUUCCAUCUGACAUUAAAGAUUGGGUGAGAGACCGUUGACCCUUUACUCUCUCCGAGGCAGCCAAGCUCGCAGACGAGUACACAGAUGCUCGUAGGCUGGAGCGGUCUCACCUCAGAGUUUAACCUUCCCGAAUCGAGUCCCCAGCACAAGGGGAGCUAUCAACCUCCUCCACGACCCUCUCCAGCGGUGUAUAGACCACCCCAGAUGACCGGUCCACGCUGCUACCAGUGCAAGCAAGUGGGAUACUACCACAAAGAUUGUUCCCUGGAACCACCCAGAUCCAAUUGGACCUGGCCAGGGAUCCCCAACCAACGUUCGGCUGCACACUGCGUGGACUACCACCUCGGAAGCCCGGGAGCUGACUCGGAAAGAACCCCUGGGAUUCCUACAUGAGGCCGACCCUGUACAGGCGGCAAACACAGACAACCAAAAGCCAGUUGGUAAUGAUUACUGGCAAGACUGCUCAGGGCCUCCGAGACACCAUGGCUACCAUCACUUUAGUUCAACGGACUCCGACUUACGGAGCACACGAGGAUAAGGAAUAUGCCCACUAUUUCACGUCCCAUAGACGAUAUUCGAGAAUCAGCUAUAUAUUUCUACAACAAGAACAGCUGGCGACCAUCCAAAAAGCACAGAUAGGGGCUGCCCAUGGCAGCCUGGUAACCCUGGAGAUGGAUCCCCCAAGGAUGCGCCCGGCUACCUGGACCUGACACCUUCGCGAUUCCCUUUUUUUAGAUCUGGAAGUGAGAGAACAAGUAUCCGACGCUCUCACCUACUCUGAGCUGAAGAUGGGGGCAAACUUACAGCUACCACCAUGUAGGAAACUCACAAAAGCGUAAUCAGGGGUACAUUGAUGCGCUUAGCUUCCAAGAAAAAGAGAGACUCACAGCAACAGACAAUCAAACUCGUGGAGAAAAUCACGACCCUCGAGGCACAGCACAAACGUUCCCAACUCGUGGCAACAUACAGUGAAUUGCUGGAGGCACUUUGGCAAUUACACAUACACAUAAUCCACAGAUAUUUCUGAUCUCUACUGCGAUCGAAGGCCUUUCACCAUACUAACAAAUGAGAGAAGCUGUUGGCAAGGAUGCUCAAAGGUCCCCAAGCUCUUGCCCAAGUUCACAAGUUGCGGACCACCGACGGCACGGUUACCCAAUUCCCAGACAAGAUUGCCUCAGAAUUUCGCUCCUUCUACUCAUCCUUAUACAACAUCCCACAAUCGACCGGAAGACAUAGCGGACAGAGAGGAUAAGAUACUUAGCAUACGAGACUGCAACCGGAGUGCAAUCAAGGCUGCUAAAACGGGGCAUGCACCAGGUCCGGAUAGCUUCACCUUGGACUACUAUAAAAAGUUCAGACUUAUACUGCUUCGAAAACUCACACAAGCUUUUAAUGCCCUCAUAACGAAUAUCCAGUUCCAUCACCAGUUACUAGCAGCCACUAGCAACCAUCCUCCUGAAGCCGGGCACGCAUCCUGA